AUGACAGUGUUUCUUCUAAGAACAGCCCUAAAGGCAAUAUUCUCCGAAGAAUAUGUCUUCACCCCCGGCCAACCUGGCUAUGAGACCCUCAACAACUCCUACAGUUCAGCCACAGAAAGCGAUUUCAAACCAGCAUGUGUCUUUUGUCCACGAGAUACCACGGACGUGUCGCGCUUCCUGAGCAUCGUCAAGCCCUUCACUGAUCGGGAGGAAAUCAGGUUCGCCGUCCGGAGUGGAGGUCAACAGACAACACAUGCAUGUGCGAAUCUCGACAACGGGAUCACGGUCGAUCUGAAUCUGCUCCGGGGAAUUGAGCUUCAGGAUGGAAUUGUAAGGAUCUGGGCUGGGGAGCGAUGGGGGCGUGUAUACGAUUUCUUAGCGAGUCAGGGGUUAGCGGUAACGGGACCGCUUUCGCCGGAGAGUGGGAUCGGGGGUGUUGUGUUAGGUGGCGGACUAUCCCUCUUCUCUUCCCGCGAAGGCUUCGUCUGCGACAAUGUGCUCAACUUCGAAGUCGUGCUCGCAAACGGGGAGAUUGUGAAUGCCAACCCGAAAACCAAUUCCGAUCUCUGGGAGGCUUUGCGCGGCGGAGGCAACAAUUUCGGAAUCGUCACUCGAUACGAUAUGCGGACAUUCCCUCAAGGCUCCCUAUUCGGAGGGAGCCUGUGGUAUGAGUGCUUCGGGUUCCCACACCAGAUUGAGGAGCUGGUGAAGGUGCUGCAGACGUCGCAGCAUAUGAGCGAUAUGUAUCUGCGAGCGACCAUAGUGUAUCAACGCAAAUGGGGGUAUUUGUGUGAGAAUAAGUUGUAUUAUACACGUGCCGAGGCAGUUCCAAAAGCCUUCCGACCGUUCAUGGAGAUGUCAUAUGAGGUGCAGGACUAUCGGCGCGUGGGGAUGGUGUCGGUUACGGAGGCUGUUGCGUCUGUGCAACAGCGUCGGAAUGUGAAGGAGAAGGACCAGAGGCAGACGAGGUGUGCGUAUAUGAACACAACAGUGAAGGCAGAUGAGGACACACUGUUGAGAGCAUUUUAUGAGUUCUUUGCUGUAGUGGAUCCGGUGAGGUUCACGAAGGGACUACGGCUGUCGAUGUCGUUUCAGCCGUAUCCAGUGUCGUUGAUGAGGAAGUCGAAGGAGUUAGGAGGGAAUAUGCUGGGGUUGCAUCGAAGGGAUGGGCCGUUGGUAGGGAUAUUGCUGCUAGCGUAUUGGGAUAAUAAGGAGCAAGAUGGAGUGGUAUUGGAUUCGAUGAAGUUGAUGCUUGGGAGGGUCGAGGAUGAGGCUGUCCGGCGUGGUACGGGGUCUCGUUUUAAACUUAUGAACUAUUCAUCUGACUUUCAAGAUCCGAUUGGAUCUUACGGGCCUCGCAAUAAGCAACGGCUUCAGCAGAUUAGUCGGAAGUAUGAUCCGAAUGGGAUGUUUCAGAGGGCAGUACCUGGGGGUUUCAAGUUGAUGGAUCAUUAUUGGGGUGGGGGUGAGCCGUAUUGCCAAUUGCCUUAUCUUGCAUGA